GUCGAUUUGAUUAUUUAUAGAAAAUUGUUCUCUUGCGCUCCCAGAAAGUAAAAUCUUUUUUUCCACCAGUGACGGUAAUUAUCAUGAUGGUACUUCUCUUUUUUUUAGGGAAAGUUUAAAAAAUAUCGAAGACUACACUAGCAUUGCGAUAAAGCUACCCGAUUUAGGAAACUCGGUGACCGUAUUAAAAGACCUUUUGGUAAAUACCUCGUGUCGAGUUAAGGAGAAAAAAGUGAAUUGGAGCAAACUACGUUUGAGCACAAUCGACGAAUCUUGGCUGUUUCAUAUCAAAUCCUGGGUGCAGUUUUUAAACCUCUCACAUAACACACUAACUUCACUGCCAGAGUGCUUGAUUAAUCUAAAAAUGGUGGUGAGUCUGAAUCUGUCGAAAAAUAAACUCAAAGUCGUCCCAAUUGAACUAUUCUCAAUGAUCAGUUUACGUGAUUUGAAUCUUUCGGGGAACGCAAUAGCCGAGCUACCGGAGAUUUCUCAAUGGAGGCCCGUUUUAAAAACACUAAACGUUAGUGAUAAUAAUUUGUCUUCGCUUCCGGAUGGGAUCGGUAGGUCGUAUAUGGAGACGUUGAACUUGAGCAGGAAUCAUUUCACCAGAGUGCCGUUGGCCGUGUGCGAGAUCAUUUCGCUAAGGGAUCUGGAUCUGAGUGACAAUCGUGAGAUAAACCACCUGCCAGACGAGAUGGGAAAACUCAGGAAUCUUUCUCAUAUCAGCCUCAGGAAUCUGGACCAGGUACGUUUCUAGUCUUCACAAGGGCGUGUCCAGUGAAUAGGGAUCUGCCAGAUACCGGGUGGUACCGACCACGCACGCAAAAAUCUCGCAUCUUGUGGCACGUCUGCCAACAAGCCAAGUACAAAGUACUGCUUGUCCCAAGUUAUCAACAAGUUUGGAACAGGCUGUUAACAACUUGUAACAACCUUGUUGACAUUAGCAGACUUUUGUGUGAUGUUACUCUGAGUGUAUAUCUACACCGGGCAGGCUUGAAAAAUAUGCCUGGCCACGGCGGGAUUCGAACCUACGACCUUUGGAAUACUAGCCCAAUGCUCUUCCAACUGAGCUACGCGGUCAGGUCGGUUCGAAUAUGCGAUAUUUCGGAACUGAGUCUAGUUCCUUCGAUAUCAGUGUAAUCUAAUAAUCAUGAAAUCUGCUGUGUUGGUAACAUCAGAGUAACAUCACACAAAAAUCUUAUUCACCUGAGUACAUUACACCAACACAGCAGAUUUCAUGAUUAUUAGAUUACACUGAUAUCGAAGGAACUAGACUCAGUUCCGAAAUAUCGCAUACUCGAACCGACCUGACCGCGUAGCUCAGUUGGAAGAGCAUUGGGCUAGUAUUCCAAAGGUCGUAGGUUCGAAUCCCGCCGUGGCCAGGCAUAUUUUUCAAGCCUGCCCGGUGUGGAUAUACACUCAGAGUAACAUCACACAAAAAUCUUAUUCACCUGAGUACAUUGCACCAACACAGCAGAUUUCAUUAUCAGACUUGUUACAAGGUUGUUCUGACAAGUCCGAUACAGUCAUGAUAUAACAAUAUUGUUACAACCUUGUGUCGUCAACCUUGUAACAUUCUUACUGACUCAUCUUGACUGUAUAAGACUUGUUAGAACAACCUUGUAACAAGUUUGAUAAUAUCAUCAAGCUUGUUUCAAGUCAGUUGUUAACAGCUUGUUUCAAACUUGUUACAACAACUGGGAACAAGCAGUGCGAACACAACUUGUCGACAGCUUGUGAACAGAUUUGUAACAACUUGUUUGGAGGCUUGUAAUAAUUUGUGCGUCUUUGAUGCUCAGACCGGUCUGAAGGCAUCGGGUGGUAUGAGCGGGGCUCACUGGAUGAAUUCCGAGCGGGAUGAAUGUAAACACAAAUACAUUUCAGACCAGUCUCGGCUGUGCUCUUGGCUUCGAAACAAUGCAUGCUCGAUCACAAAAGCACUGUAAAAAAUGGCAGGCAAGGGGAAUAAAUUGAAGUAAUAUUUCAAAUCCGACUAUGAGGGCUAGUCGACUAGAUUUGAUGUCCGCGCAAUUUCAUCAAGCCCGAGGCAAAGCCUUAAAAUCUAGUCCAGUCCAAGGAUUUGAAAUAACAUCUCGUAUGAAUAACUCACCACUUAAAUUGAGGUAAAUUAAUCUUGAUCCAGUCCAAGGACUGAAUUAAUUUUGAUGCAGUCCUAGGACUGAAUGAAUAUACUUCACCAGGUAUCCAGUAUUAUCAUGUGAGCAAAAUAAAGCAAUAUAUGGUUGGCUAAUUUACUCAUGAAUUAUUAAUGCGAAUUAUUAAUGAUUCAUCCCAGUCUCAUGUAAGCGGCGCCUUGUACACAAAUGGAUAGAUGCCGCAAAAAAGGUUCCAGCGAGAAUCUUUGUUGUUUGCUUUUUUCUUUUUUUCGAUCUCUCGGCCAUUCAGCCACCCACAGUUUCCAUAGAUACCAAUGGAUGAUUCCAGCUUUUGACUGAAUUUUGAUCUCGGCAAGAAGAACACAAUUCAUCACCACAGCUAGAAAGAGCAUGUUAAAAUUAGUAAAAUUGCAAAGUUUGGCCACGAAAUGUUGUAAAAUGCGGAAAAUAUAGCCCUACGAAAUUUGCACAUUUUGUCGAUUAAUUUGUAUUACGCGCGGGAAAAUGCACCACAUUUGGGCCGAAAGUGGUGCAUUUUCCCGUGCGUAAUACAAAUUAAUACAAAAUUUGCAAAGUUCGUAUGGCUAUAUUUUCCUCAUUUUACAAACAUUUCGCAACCAAACAUUGCAAUUUUACUAAUUUUAAGAUGCUCUUUCUAGCUGUGGUGAUGGAUUUUGUUCUUCUUGCCUAGAUCAAAAUUUAGUCUGUAAUUGUAAUCACCCACUACACUUCCUAAUUUUUCUUUACAGAUCACAGACCCCCCAGAGCAGGUGAGACAGAAUGCCGAGGACCUGGUGAGGAUUUUGCGCAGAAAAUUACGUAAUUGUGAACCGUACUACACCAUGAAGUUGAUGUUGGUCGGGAAGGGAGGUCACGGGAAGACCACGCUUGUUCACAGGCUCAAAGAUGAUUUCACUUUAACGAAAACGAUCUCACACAAGGUAGGAACAAUAUGUAUGUAUGUAUGUAUGUAUGUAUGUAUGUAUGUAAUAAUGUAAAACUUUAUUCGAAGACGCUAAUCUUCUCAACUGUUAGGUGUUUGCAACAGCGAACACUUACUGUCGAGUGUCGAUGCAAAAUAAAAUAUUGCAUGAAUUCAUUUCCUCAAGUUGAUCAGUUCAUACGGAUUCAAAUUUCUUUUUACUUCCUGUGCGUUUCCUACUGGUCAAUCGGUUCUGAAACGAAAUCUAAUUGGCUCAUGUAAAAGUAACAGGAAGUUGAUCAAUUUUCUAUCAAAUGAAUUGAUCAACUUGAGGAAAGGAAUUUGUGCAAUAUUUUAUCAACACUUCCAUUGCAUCGACAGUAAAGGCGCUGUUACACUACGCAACUUGUCUUGCAAUGUUAAGAAAAACGAUUUAAGGAUUGCAUUGCAAGGGAUGUUACACCAAGCAAUAUGUUCCAUGCAGCUUGCAAUGAUCAUUAUUAAAAAUAGUAUAAAAACCGCGCCAUAUUGUCAGUCAAAAGCCAAUAGGAAGCCAUUCAGUGCAUACAAAUUGCGAGACUAGUUGCAAGAGGGAUGUUACACUGCGCAAUGCUUUAAAAAUGCGUUGCAGGGUUGCCGCAACCGUUGCAAAAAGUAGAACCUAAUUCUACUUCGUGCAAUGGUUGCUGCAACAAAAAUAUUGCGAGACUUGUUGAUUGCGAGGCAUGAUACACCUUGCAAUUUCGCGUGCAACAUGUGCCGCAACACUAAAUUGCGAGACAAAUUGCAUAGUGUGACAGCGCCUUAACGCAGGGGUGGAUUUAUAGGGGUGUACAGGGGUGCGCAGCCCUGUUGGCCUUGUGAAUUUGUCAAGCGCGUUUACAGACUAGUGCCUUCCUGCCGUGGCUCCCUCUGACGCGAGGGGGGAGAGGGGUCGUGCACACACCUGGGGCAGGUUGCUCAACCUGUGCUAACCCUGGGUUAAGAUUUAACCUGUUUUGGUUUGUGUAUUUCUGCACGUCUGUUGAUUUCAAAACUUCAGAGAAUGAAACUCCUGAUUCAGACAAGAUUUCCAAAGAAAUAUUUCCAAAUUUAUAAACAAGUUGUUGGGAAGUUUGCUGUGAAUUUUAUGUUAACCUAGGGUUAAGCUAAUCGGAUUUUGAACAACUUUUAUCUCCCCCAGAAAGUUGUUGGUAAUUUCAACGGUCAUUUUUCUAGGUGUGGAAAUCUCUGACCUCUCUGUAAAACGUGGACCCUUUUACAGAGAGUACACGUUCAAAGUUUGGGAUUUCGGCGGUCAGGAAGAUUAUUACACGACACAUCAAUGUUUUUUAUCCACCAUGUCUUUGUAUCUUUUGGUUUGGCGACUGAUUGACGGCGAAGAAGGUGUUGCAGGCUUAAUUCCAUGGUAAGUAUUGUAAAUCAAUGUUCCCAAUGCAUACCACUCUACCAGGUAGAGGAGGGCCAAGGAUUUUUCUCUGUGAAGAUUCCACUCCCAUCUUUGUUUGCUGCGAGUUGACAUGUAAGUGUUUCAACUAUGCGCCAAAUUACAUAAACUAUUGCCUGCUGAAAACAAUAUCUCACUUAAUUUGGAAAGAAAAGACGAAAUUCAUAAACCCAAGAGUAAAUACGAACCGUUUUAGAAAUAGUUUUAUCAUCAGCAAUUCAAUUAACGUAUAAUUAACAACAGUAUUAGGCAAUCUAAGUAUAAACACGAUCCGUUUAGGAACUGUUUUAAAACGAAUCAUUUUACAAAUAGUUUUUUUACCGUAACCUAAUUAAGGCACAAUUAGCAAUACUAUUUUUUAAUUGGUGCAUAUAUAAUGCAUAGUGGAAUUCUCGUACAUAUAAUAGAAUUCCUUGUUCUAAGAUAAUCUUCUUUAUAAAUUCUUGUAAAUUUUACUGAAUUCAUCCCAUGGCUGCAAUGUAAACUUCAAUAAAAUAUCUAUCUAUCUAUGCUUUGAAGUACCAUUUAAAACAUGAACAGCAGUGUUUUAUCAGAUAUAAAGAUAAGAGGCGUAGCCGAGUAUCUUAAUUUAGGUCUGAUAAAACACGAACUGCGAAUGUUUUAAAUUGCUUCAAAAACGAUCGAUCUAGUAAGUUCAUUGGCGAAGUAAUUUUCAAAAAAUACGUUGUGUAAGUCGAGAAAAUCAAAGUUAAAGUUAAUGUAAAUCAAGGAAAAUCUUUAUCACAUGUAAAGAUACGACACGCUUAUGAUUUUUCUUUGUGUUUUCGUCGUAAAUUGUUAAUGAGUUUUGAAUUAAAUAGAACACAUGAUAGUGUUGGGAAAGCAUUAAGAACAGCUAAUGCAAUAUCCCCGUUUGAUACUUUGAUUUGGGCUUAACUUUCACAUAUCUGCCCACUAUAGGUUAGAUAACAUCGCGGUCAGAUCGCCAGGCAGCACUGUCAUCAUUGUGGGAACUCAUCUAGAUUGCAUCUCGCCUGAGAAGUAUGGUAGCGACUAUGUCUCGCGGUUGAAACACAUGGUCAAUGAGUUGGUGCAGAAGCCUCGGUACCAGGAUAGAGUCAUCAUUCCACCGCAUGGUAUUCGUGCUCUGUCAUGCGCCUUCGGUGGAUCACGUGCAGGUGAGGCAUCUGAUCUUCGCAUAUGGUAAUAUCUAAAAGGGAUGGACGAGAGGUACACACGUAAAAACGCACAAGUUGUAACAAGUCUGCCAACAAGUUGUUACAAAUCUGUUCACAAGCUGUCAACAAGUUGUGUUCGCAUUGCUUGUUCCCAGUUUGUUGUAACAAGUUUGGAACAAGCUGUUAACAACUUGUAACAAGCUUGAUGGCAUUGUCAGCUUUGUUACAAGACUGUGCUAACAAGUUUGUUACAGUCAUGAUAUACAACCUUGUAACAAUCUUGUUAUAUCAAGCAUGUAACGGACUUGUCAGAACAACCUUGCAACAAGUCUGAUAAUUUCGACAAUGUUGUUACAAGUUGUCAACAAGUUGUUCCAAACCUGUUGACAACUUGUGACAAGCAGUGCGAAUACAUCUUGUUGGCAGACUUGCUACAAGAUGUGAGAUUUUUGCGUGUGUAGUUUACGAGAUGGUUCCAAAAUUGAAAUAAGAGUUGGGAAGUAUUGCUGUAUAGCAACCUUGACAUGUUUACAUAUUUAACAAUGAUAUUUAACUAAACUUCUAAAGCAUUCUGAGUAUUUUCUCGUGAGCUCAUAAAUCAAUUAAAUCGUUUUAAGAUCCGCCCUUGAUGAAGAGUACUAAUUAAUAUGCGCUAUUUUUAUUCUUCGUAGAAGUGAACAGUCUACGCCUGCUUAUUUACGAUACUGCUGCCAAUCUGAAAAAGGUCCGUACCAGUACGCUUGUCAUGGGUGAACUCAUUCCAAGCAGUUUUAUCUCGCUGAUUGCCCGCAUCGAGGAACGCAGGACUGAAAUGCAGGAAAAGCACGAGUUACCUAUCAUUCGGAAAGAGGAGUUUGAUGCAAUGGUCAAAGAGAACUCGCUGCAUUGCAAAAAAGAUAUACAGGAAUUGAUGGAUGUUCGCGACGCCACUAUUUUUCUACGAGAGAGAGGUAUACUGCACUGUCGGGACCGCGCAAGCGAGGGGGGGGGGGUUAUCCCCCGCCUCAGAUAAUUUUCAUGAUGCUGAACGCAUAUGCCCUUUCGUAGGCAAUAGUUGCAUGCUCAGCUGGCUAUACUAUCAUUGCAUGCAAGGUUGAAAUAUAUUUCUCCUUUUUUAUGUGACACUACAUUGGCAUCAGUUUUGAAAGGUGAAACGUAUUAGUUUUAAAAGUGUUUUGGGCUUCUACAGUGUCGCAGUUUUAAGCGUGCCUACGUGAUUUUCAAAGCAGAGUAACACUCGACUUGACCGUCGCAUAUUUUGUAAUUGUUCUUUUACAUAGAGAAUAAUACAUGGGUGCGCGGAAAUACCAGAUUUAUUUCGAGUGUUGAGCACGAGAAAUAAAUCUGGCAUUUCCACGCACCCAUGUAUUUUUCUGUUUAUUAUAUAAAGGACAGUCUUUGAAAAGCGAUAAUUUUUACAGAAAAGCGAUAAUUGAAAAGCGAUAAUUUUCACAUGUGAAAUUAUCAUAAAUAAUAUCACAUGUGAGAUUAUCAGUUCUAUCAGUGCUCGAAAUCUCUUUCAAACACUCAUUAAUAAUUCAUAAGCUUAUUGGCAAAUCAUGUCAACUAUAAUAUGUCACGUGCAGUGGCUUUAAACCUGAUAAAACACUCAUCAUGCAACAGACAUAUGGCUACGUUAGACAAAAUUAUUGUGGGGAAUAGCUGGAAAUGCACUUUCCUGGGCUCAAUUCAUCUCCACCCCCAAUGAUCUCGAUGGUAAAAUCACUAGUUACUCAGUGUAACCUCUAAAAGCGAUAAUGAGUCUGAGAUAAAAUCACUCUGAGUAAUAUUGAAGGAUUUGGAAGCCGUAAUUCGACAUCAGGACAAAUUAAUUCAUGUACUUAACGAAGACAGUUUAUUCUUUAAAGAUGAUGUCCACUCCUGUGCACAUAUUUAUGUUUUGAACUGCUAUAUUUGUAAAAAAUGAUAUACUAACUGAAUAUCUAACACUUUUCUGGUUCGCUAUACUUGUAAAUGAAUAUAAACUGUACGUUUCAAUUCAAAAAAGUUCGAAAGAUGCAAAAUUUGGGCAAUGUUUAUAUCAACACCGCGGAAAAACGUCUGCGCAUGCACCAAAUUAUGAAAAUAUGGCGGGGAAUUUGAAUGUCAAUUUCUAAAACAAAAACAUGCUUAUUAAUUGGUCAAAAAUUAGUAAAACAAACGAGAAAAUAUAGCAAAUGGGUAGACUAGACAUUAAUUGAAAGCGUCCUGGCAUUUAAAGUAUGGAAUGAAAUAUAAUUCAUGUAAAAAAUUGUUGAUUUUAACGGACACGACUUCGAAAAUUUUUGCAAAAUUAUUCAAAACAAAAAUUCAAACUCAAAAGUUAAGAAAACUCUCGAAAAGUUAAGCUUCUUAACCCACUCAAAUUGUAGAAUAAAUCCUAAAGUUUAAUUAUUGUGAACACGAAAAUUUUUUAUAUUUGGCGACACAGUUUUUUUUAAAGAAAUGUAUCUCAAACGAAAAUUCGGAAAUUGUCGUUGCUUAGUUGAUAAACAAAAUGUUUCAGACGAUAAAUUUGUCAACAAUCACCUUUAGUUCAUGUUCUUGUACAAUACAAUUUCUUGAACCUUCUGGCUGUAUUUAUUCCUAGUUUUUAGAAUGACAUGUUUAUUUUUGCGCUCGAAAUCUGGCUGUAAAGACGCACAAUGAAGUCACUCCUUUUUACCGCCAUUUUGAGCCUUCGGAACAGCUUCUCAUCAAGUUCGCAAUACUAUUACAGGUAAGGUUGACGCAUGCGCAGACGUUUUUCCGCGGUGUUGGGGGUCCCCCUUUGUUAUGAGCAGAACUGAUGCGCAGAACGGAGUGGACAUCAUCUUUAAGGUGGCUCCCUACAGUUUUAGGCCUGUGUCGCGGAAAUGUUGUCAACGCGCGAGAUUAGUAGUGAUACAUGGGACACGCGUGGUCAACGUUGCCCGAAUAUAUUUAUUGCGCCAAAACGUCGUGAUAUACACGCGUGGGCCUUCGUGGGAUUGUCGGAUGGUCGCGCGAGGAAAUUGAAAUCCUGAUUUUUGUGACGUCACAUAGAUAAAAAUAAAUGUAUUUUUCUCGUGGUUCCUUCGGUAAAAUUUUUUAAAACUUCACACACUUUCUUGAAAUCUUGAAGUGCGUAAAAUGUGCAAGUUUUAAGAAAAUCGUACGAGCGGAAUUUUUUUUAUUCCAAAAACAGGGUUUUUUGAGGAUUAAAAAAAAAAUUCUCGUACGAUUUUUUUUAAAUGCUAUCAUUUGAAGGAAUUAUUGAUAAGAUUACUGUGUGCAAAAAAUUAGAAAGUUUUACCGAAGAAAUUUUCAAAAAAUUAUCAAAGAUUCUGCAAAUUGGCCCUUUUUAAAAUCGCUUUGUUACCAUGGCAACGGGGAUUUUUAACGACAUUUUUUAUUUUUCGUAAUUCGCAAUAUUGUAGCAGUUAUAUGGCCGAGUUUCGUGAUCAUACUUUGCAAGAUGAUAAAAUAAUGGUUUUUGAAUGCAAUUGUGUGCUGUACAAUCAAAACUGUAGGGAGCCACCUUAAGUCUAAAUUGUCAUCUAUUGAAAACUUCAUGCUUGAAGUAAACCAAGAGAACAAUGUUAAUGAUCCAAGCCCAAUUAACAUGGAAAUUCCAGCAACACCUUGUAAUGGUGCACAAUUGGAGGAAUUGAAUAUAAACAAUGUAAGUCCAAUUAACAUUGAAAACAAUGCAAGUUCAAGGACCAUUGUAAUUCCAUCUCCCAAACAAACUCCCCGAGGCUAUCGUAUUAACACCAUAGAUAUCUUUUAUACACUAGAUAGCGCAUCUAAUUAUUCUGCAAUUCAAAAAUUGAAACCGUGAUUGCGGUCUCAGGUCGUUCCCAUGAAUUGAGAAGAUUCGUAUGUUUUCUAUUUCUUAAACAGGGAACUUAAACAUUAAGUUAACCCUAUUCCAAAUACGUUUUUAAACUAUUCAUAUAAUGAAAGUUAUUGUUGUUUUUAAGCGUUUAUUAGCAAGUGGGAACGACCAACAUGGCCGCCAUCUAUUCAAAUGGGGGUAACCGCUGGAAUAUUCUUGGCUUCAAUUUUACUAAAAGAGAUGCGCUAUCUAGUGUAUAUAAGAUAUCUAUGAUUAACACAAGCAAGCGUCCUUGGCCAAGGACGUAUUCAUGACGUAAUUAUCGUAUUAAUAUUCAAUUCGCUACAUGUGAGGUACUGCGGUGUUCAGUAUGGAUGAAGGUAGUUCAGUUCAGUAAAAAGUCAUUUUUUAAACUAUCCUUUUUCGUCCAGGUGUCAUAAUGCACUUUGAUGACCCGAACGAGGGCCUGAGCGACCUCUACUUUAUCGAUCCCCGCUGGCUAUGUGCACUUAUGGCUCGUGUCAUCACCAUACGCGGUCACGCAGACUUGGUAAAAGACGGAAUCCUUGAAAUACAGGAAACAAAAAUCCUCUUUCAUAGCGAAGACCUGCCCUUCGACUUUUAUGACCAAUACGUACGGCUGUUGGUUCGAUUUCAAAUCGUGUACCUCCUUGAUGCAUCGAGAAUUCUCGUACCGUCGAAACUUCCCGAGAAAGAACCCGAAGUCGUCACGAAGCUGCAGUUACCAUACGCGCCCGUGAGACGAGUAUACAAGAUCGAUUACCAGCGGAUUCAUGGGUUCUGGCCACGUUUCAUGUCUCGUUUCUUCUACUACGUCAAGGAGAUGAUUGCCGUCGACGCGACGCGUUAUCAGAAAGCCGAGGACAGCGAACACGGGUUUUUUGGCCAUUUUUGCCAUUCCUGUCUGCGCGUGGAUGGUACUAGCACAAGGAAAUUUUCGUGCUUUAUGGACGGCACCGAGUGGGAGACUUGUGGAAAGUCUGAGGGAUCAAGGAGGACGUCUGGGGGUUCCAAUGGCUCAUCCGCUUCAGGGACGAGUACUGAAACAAAAAAUGACCCUGCGAGAAAAGACCCUACGAGAGAAGACCCAACGAGAAAUGAUCCUUCGAGUAAAGGUACUCCGAGUAAAAACCCUUCGAAAAAAGACCCUUUGAGAAAAGACCCUUCGAGAAAAGACCCUUCGAGGAAAGACUCUUCGAAAAAGGGCUCUGCGAGAAAGGAAUCUUCGAAGAAGAAAAAGCCUAGCAAAAAGGAAUCUACACGAAAAGGUCCCCCUGAGAAAGUCCCUUCCUCAAGGAGAGAACCUUCAACCUCUAACUACAGUCCAUCACAGGGCAAUGCUUUCUCUGGUGGUCCAGCGAUGUUUUCUGGUAGUUUGGGUGGUAGCGAUGAUUUCCAAGCGUUGUUGCUUGAUCCAUGUGUUAAAAUAUUCAGUGAUGAUGAGCUUCAGGACGAUACGGAUGGAGAUCGUAUUGUGAUCAACCAUUUUGACACCGCUAUGGAUAACAAUCGCAGGUGAGAACUGCCAAAUGUGGGCCAGUGAACUCUAUUAAAACUGGAGCGAUAACUCCGGCUUUGUUUUUGAAACCACGAUGGCGGAAAUUGAAACGCGUCUUGUAUGUAUGCCAUAGGCCCACGCGGAAUUCACUGAAUUCAGUACGAAAAAUCUGCUUCAUUUCAUGUAGAAAUUUCAUAAUUUGCCGACUAUUUUUUUAAGUUUGGCGUUACUGUGGCCCUAAGAAAGUAAAGAAACUAGAGCAAGAGGUCUUUCAGAAUAAACAAAGUGUUGGAACGUUUUGUCAUAAAAAGCAAAGUUAUUUGACGAGUUAAAAACAAAACUGUAAUUGCAUCAAUCCUACCUUUUCAUUUAAGUUUUAGCUUUCAAGUAGGGUGUUUACCACUAAAAAUGAGCAAUUAUGUGUAAAAAUUGAAAAAACAUCGAUCGAAAAACCUCAGUCAUAUUUUUUAGUCCCCGCGAAAUACACGCAUGUUUUACACCUACAAGAGACCACUCCAUGGCCGCCAUCUUGACUUUACCCAACUGUAGGGCAUUUGAAUUAUUUGAAGUUAAUACACCCUUUCGAUAAUUACGUCACAACUACACUGUUUUCAACUUAGGACCACCUUAAAUGGAAAGGAUUUCAAGUUUUUUUCUCAUGGGUUAUGCACAGAGAAGCAGAACAUCCUUCAACACGUGCAUGAAAAAAAUUUUGGAUUUUGAUCAAUAAAUAUGGGAAUAGGCAUUAACACGAAAACUAGGUCAUGACUUGGAGCCUCGUUUUCGUGUUAAAGCUUAUUUCCACUUUUAUUGGUCAAAAUAAAGAAUUAUUUUUCAUGCAUGCGUUGAAGAAGAAUGUUCUGUUUCUUUGUGCAUAGUCCAUGAGAAAAAAACUCGAAAUCCUUUCCAUUUAAGGUGGUCCUAAGUUGGAAACAGUGUAGUUGUGACGUAAUUAUCGAAAGAGUGUAUUAUCUUCCAGUAAAUAUAGAGUUCACUGAUAUGGACAUGUUGUUCACAACAUGGUCCCUGGUCCAUUUCUUUCCACAUUUUGAGUUCUUUUAGCAUAACCGUAUAAUGAGCUUUGAGGAUAAUUGUUCCUGAAUAUGAGUAUAAUCGUGCGCUUCAAGAAUGUAAACUAAAAACGUUACAGGAACGUAGAGAUGAUUUAUGUGUUCGUCUCAUCAAGCAGAUGUCAGAGCCAUCACACAAAUUACAUUCAUUGCUUCCUAGGAAAUGCUCUGAGGUAAAAGGAAGAGAAACUAGAACAAAUCCGGACAAAUUUUAUAACUUCUUCUGCAGAACUGAACGAUUUAAACGCAGUCCGUUAGUAUAUGCAAUAGAUAAAUAUAACGAUAGGCUAAAACUGUAGUUUUUAAAUUGAAAAUGUUAAUGUGAUGCUAAUAAGAAAUUGUGUUGUCAGGUGGGCAGAUUGUGUCUGGAAUCUAAGAGUAGUGUAAUUGGCGAUCAUCUUAACCUAGAACCUUAGAAAUAUUUUAGUCGUAUUUUAGAUAUAAUGUUGUAUAUGCAUGUAAUAUUUUAGAAUCAGUUGUAGUUUUAACAAGUAGUUGAACUAAAUUGUAAACACAUUAUAAUUUAGCGUAUCCGCUAUUGAAAUGUGGGAAAUAAAGCCAUUAUUAUAUUAUUAUAACGUCCAAUCUUCAAUUCGCUUGCAGGACUGAUUCAUUUUCUGACCACAAAAAGGAAAGUGUGAAACGCCGCAGAGGCAUAGGAGACUUACGUAUCCCUUCCUUCGACGGCACCCUAUCAGACAGUUCAGGGAACAGAUCAAGGUAUUGUUCAGAGGAAUUAUUGCAACAUACAAAAACAUACAAACUUUAUUUAACAGAGGGAUGUUGUUUCGCUCAACUCCUCAAAUUUAUACAUUCCGUAUCGGAUAGGUGCUUUUUCGCGCCACUACGGAGUAAAUAACUUUUUAUACAUAAUUCUAAUGCUUAGUUACGUUUGUCCCAUUUUAUGUUUCUGUAAAUUUGAACAAUAGUCACCAGGCAUGUGACUUGUCCGAAGUUGUGAUUGCGUACCAACGAAUGUAAACAAAAACUUGUCUACGAAAGGCAAUGGAAAAUUCCGAUCACUGGAUCGUGACUUCUGAGUCAGUGUUAUAUGCAAGGGGCGGGGCCCAUUGACAACUUGUCUGACACUUUGAUCCUUUAUUAAGGAACGAAACGAGUAGAAACGAUCGGAAAGAUGACGAUGGUUCUACCAGAAGGAAAAUUGGUCGAGGUUUGAACGAAGAUUCUCCAAACACGGGCGAAGUUGUUCCGGAGACUACCGAAGAUUUUUUAAAAGAAAGCAAAGAUAUUCCGAAGAUGACCGAAGAUUUUCCGAGUUCGUCCGAAAACGUUCCGAAUUUGACCGAUAAUGUUCCGAAUUUGACCGAAGAUGUUCCAGUAGAGAACGGUGUAAUCGCUACAGAGGGCGAACAAAAUCCGACGGGAAACGAAAACCAACCGAAGUACAUUGUAGAGAGUUCGACAUCAGAUAGAGUUCACUCAGACGAGAUACUGGCAGCUGAUGAAGUUAGUAUAAUCAUAGAUGAUGACUCUGUCGAUAAUAUUGAAGACAUAUCCGAAGCCAGUAAGAGUGAGGAGACCACAGGUGCAAUCAAAAUACCAACAGUUGGUUCCGUAGAAUCUGGCGAUGAUAACACGAGCUACCUCUCGUGUAGCGAUGUUUGCAGUCUCUCAUCCUGGAGGGAAACCAAAGGUCUACCAUCACUGACUACCGUCUCAAGUUUCCUAGAAGAUGAGUCAUUCUCAGAAAAUAUGAAUGAGCGUGUUGUUGAUAACAAUGCACAGAUCGGUACAACGUCUGUAUCAAGCAAUGACAGUCACACGUCUAAUACCAGCCAGGAUUUUAGUACCAGUUCCCCGCCUCGUAGCGCUUCUCGGGAACAGACGGUCGAAGGCGAAAUGGAUUCACGAAAUUUCAUGGCUCAAAAUGGAAGCAUGACAUCAUCAAUAAGAAGUGGUGAGCCUACAGACACGGACUGUGAAGCAUUUUCGGAAUCUAUAUCUAGUAUCUCGACUACAAACUCUAACGAACACUUCAAAACAGUCGACAAUUUCCCAAAAGAAUACUCCGAUACACAGUUUGAACCAAGUAGUAGUUUGGAUAAUCAAACAGUCCUUGAUACUAAGGGAAAACAUGGACAAACUGAAGUCGACGAAGACCAACUCCCUCAAGUAAAGUCAAAUAUCCCACCCAAUACUGAUAGCACUGUUGUCCUAAACGGUUUUCCCUGGAAAGAAGACUUUCAGAAUAACAAAACUUCUGCAGACGAAACGGAUAUCUACAACUCAAAGAGUGAACUGAACUGCAGUAAAGAUUGUCAAAAUGACAUAAACGGCAAUUGCUAUAAUGUUGGCUUUACCACAGAUGACGUAUUUACCGCUGGAGAUAUACAAGCCAAUCCAAGUAAAGUAAAUAACAGCCCGGCAUAUGACGACGUCACCGAUUCUGGUCAUUGGUUUCAGCCCACGGAAAGUGUCGGGAAACAAUCAGAAAGUAUUGGUGAACAAUUGGAAGGUAUCGGUGAACAAUCGAAAAGUGCCGGAGGUCAAUCGGGUAAUGGUGUUGACCAAUCGGGAAGUGUUGGGGGACAGUCGGAAAAUGUCGGUGGACAAUCGGAAAAUGUCGGUGGACAGUCGGAAAAUGUCGGCGAACAACCGGAAAAUGUCGGCGAACAACCGGAUGGUAUCGAUCCAGAACCAGAAACUGGAGCUACAAAAUCGGAAAGUGUCGAAACUCAAAAGUGUACUUUGUGUAAGGAAAAUGUAGCAGUCGACCAACUCGUUACUUUUCCCCUGGAUGUGGCCGAGCUGAUAGAACUGAAGGUCUUACAUUGCUGGCGUUCUGGUGUGUGUUUUGCCCAUCCCGAUGCCUUCAUCGUCGUAGCGUAUCGGCCUCUGUCGGAUUCCGUCGUCGUGGAAAUUGCUGUCUCCCCCAAUCCCCUCGGCCGACGUCUGAUGACUUUCGUCGUCGACCACUUGGACAUCUUAAUCAAAGAAUGGUACCCAGGCCUUCUGACGUCAUAUGGCGCGGAGAAGACCGUUCAAAAAUUCAUCCCAUGCCGAAGUUGUGAGAAAGACGGCAACCCCAGACCACAUAUCUUCACGUUCGAUUCCUGUGUCACGCAAUACAGUAUGGGAAAUUUUGUCAAGUGCCCUGAGCAUGAAGUGAGUAUACAAGACAUCGCGCCCGAUGUCGUCCUCCAUGAUAUUGAUGCGGAUUUGUUGUUGCAAGAAGAUGAUGUGGAGUAUGAAAGAUCAGAUGCAAACAUGCUUGGAAAAGGUAAAUAUGACAUUCUAUUAUAUGGCAAGCAUCACUUCCGGUGAAAUGGUGCACUGUGAUUGGCUGAGAAGCACUUUCAGCGAUCCAUUAUUUUCCCAAAAAACAAACGCAUGCAUUUUAAAACAAAACUAAUUGAAAAUUUUAAAAUUAUAGUUUAAUUUGUUAUUAAUAAGAUAUCUGCGAAUGGUUUUUAGUGGAAAAGAAGGGAUACAUCGGUAUUUUUUGUUUUCUUCGACCAAAUGUGUACCACGCUACUAAUAUGCAUUUCAAAUCAUUUUUUUUUCAUUUACCCAACCUUUUAUUCACUCAAAAUUUUGUUUACCCAACCCUUUUCUCUUUGUGCCACCCCCCGGUAAAUAAUGACCACUCCCUAAUACUAUUUUUAAGCUUAUCAUUAUGUAAUUUUAUACAACAUAAUCAUUGUUUUGUUAUAAGGUGCUUUUGGGAAAGUUUACCGUGGCCGAUGUCGAGGAAAAAACGCCGCAAUCAAAGAAUACUCGUCGCCAACAUGCGAAGAAGAUGCAAUGAACAAAUACUGUGAAGUUCGUAACGAAGUCAACAUACUCCGACGUUCGGAGCAACAUCCGUACCUCGUAAACCUCAUCGGCGUGUGCCUACGCCCUUUCCGACUUGUUCUGGAGCUUGCGAUGGAAGGCAGCCUUGCGAAGACCUUGUUUAAUCCGCAAUUUCAAAUCGAGCGUGUGGUUAUGUAUCGCAUGCUCUACCAAGUUGCAGAGGCGUUGAAUUUUUUACAUACUCUCCGAAUAACUUAUCGUGAUCUGAAGCCGCAGAAUGUCUUGGUCAUGUCGUACGAAGAGCAUCACGAUAUAAACAUCAAGCUGACGGAUUUCGGAACGGCUGCGUUCCGUUUCAACGAAGGUUUGAUAGACCUCGUGGGAACCCCUGGGUAUCACGCGCCGGAGAUGCUGAAAGAAUUUUGUAAGAAAACUGGCUAUAAUGAAAAAGUUGAUAUAUUUGCACUAGGAAUGUUGGUAUACGGUUUCAUUAGUCGCAGACAUCCUUUCUUUUGUGUAAACUCUUCGGCCGAGGUAUGUAUGUAUAUAUUUGUUUCUAUAAAUCUUCUUUGAAAUAAUUUAUGACUAACACAGGGUACUGAGUAUAUGGUUGAGUAUUAUACUUCAACUGAGACAAACAGAAUUUACAUACUUUUCACCGUAGCGACCUUGACUACAACGUCAAAAUCAUACUCUUGUGUUGUAAAACAGAAUCAAGAACGUAGCACCGCAACUGACCACGCAACGUUGCAUGUUGGGCAGUAUAUUUUUAUUAAGUACUUGAUAAAACCUAAAAGAUGAUAUUUACGAAACACAAAGCCAUGCACCUUAUAUUUGGGAUAAAUUUGUGAUAACAUGCAUUUAGUAUUUGUAUACAUACAAUAAAAAACUAUUUCAAACGUAGUCGGUAAUUUUAAACUCCCUGUUGUUCUUUUAAGGCGGAUUUAAGACUACAUAACUUUUGCCUAAAACUGUCGCAUGUAACCUGCUUACAACUUGGGUUGUACUGUGUAAAUCAAUAGAGACCUUACGAUUUAGAACGGCAACGCGACGGCAACGGCUACCAAUACAAUAGAUCAUUGAGAAGAAUUGAGUAAUUACAAUAUAUGAAUAAUUUAGACAUUGUCCUCGCUCUGUUUACAACGCCAAAUCACAGAUUUUCACGUGUUGAUACAACGGCUGCAUUUCAAGCCACAACAAGUGCAACUUCAAACGGGGUUUAGCAGAACUCUUCCCAACCAUAAAACCCAUGUCUUCAACUUCUAAGACUGUAUUAAAUUCAUACGAUUGAUAAUAUACGACGAACUAUCGACUACCAUUUAUUUGAAGGAGUUUGUUUUGGCCGUCGCCGUCGCGGUUGCCGUUCUAAAAUCGUAAGGUCUCUUUUAUCCUCUUCGCAACGACGCGUGCUAAAUUGGUUGCGAUGUGUUUGCAGGUGAAUAAUAUGGUCGCUACGGGCAGAAGGCCUGAGUAUGAUGACGUCAUUCCAGCCCGCAUCGGGCUUGCGGGCCUAACUUGGUUGAUGGACAGUUGCCUGGCAUAUGAACCUAACUCGAGACAUAGCUCCAGUACAGUUGCCGAGCAACUGCGGUCAACGUCGUUCCAGCUAUUUCUAGGUAUGACGACACAACUUUGUAACAAUAUUGUUAUAUCAUGACUGUAUCGGACUUGUUGGAACAACCUUGCGACAAGUCCGAUAAUAUCAACAAGGUUGUUCCAAGUCGUUUACAGUUUGUUCCAAACUUGUUGAUAAUUUGGGACAAGCAGUGCGAACACAACUUGUUGACGGCUUGUUGGCAGACUUGCUACAAGAAAUGAUCUGUUCAUCGUCACGUGUGUAUUGUAUUUUCGCAAGAGCAACCAAUAGCUAUGUUUUCAUUGAACCAUUGUGUAAUACCACGACUGGGUAAAUAAACCAACACAGUGCUAUUGGUUGGUUGGGCGAACAAACAAUGCACACGUGACGAUGAACCAACUAUUUUUUUGCAUAAACCAAGACAACAUAGAUAAUGAAGUCUAUUUUGUCUGUAUAGAGUUUCCUAACCUUGUUCUAUUGACCAUGCUGGUACGUGAAACUGGCCUGAUAAUUGUAAUAUACUUAGCUAUGUACUAUUUAAAUCUUGAGCAGGAGUGCUUUAUCAGAUAUAAACAGGGCCUAUCAUGAAAUAAUUAAUGGUCUAAACCUAAAUUUUGCAGAUAUUGGUACCAAAAAAGGGUUUUACCAAUGUAAUUUAACAAGAAUUUGUCGGAGAAAAAAUUUGAACCUUAACUUAACUGAUGUUAGUCCGGAAAAUUUUUUUUCACCCUUUUUAAUUUUAGGAAAAUUUUAAUUUUUUUGGACAAAAUAGGGCUCCCGAAAUUUUGGCCCGGGCCCCCGAAUUUCUAUGAUAGGCCCUGGAUAUAAAACACGAGUGUUUUGUAUCUGAUAAAGCACAACUACAAGUGCUUUAAAAACGACCCAUCUUAUGAGUUCAUAGGCGAAGUAAUUUUAAAAAUAAACGUUGUCUAAGCAGAGAAAAUCAAAGCUAAAGUUUAUGUAAAUGAACAUGAUUUUUUAUCACAUAUAAAACAACCGACAUGGCAGUGAUUUCCUUGGUCUUUUCUUCAUGAAUUAUUAAUGAAUUAUUAAUGAAUUAUACGAGCAGGAGUGUUUUAUUAGGUUUAAAGCCACGAGCGCGCAGCGCGAGUGGCUUUAGACCUAAUAAAACACGACCUGCGAGUUUAUUAAACGGCUUCAAACACGACUACAAAUUCAAUAGAUAUACUGUCUUAUUAGUAUUCUUUAUAUAAAGAAUACUAAUGAGGGCAUGACUACAAUAGAUACUGCCUUAUUAGUAUUCUUUAUAUAAAGAAUACUAAUUAGGAGUGUUUUAUCAGGUUUAAAGCCACUGCACGUGACAUAUUAUGGUUGACAUGAUUUGCCAAUAAGCUUAUGAAUUAUUAAUGAGUGUUUGAAAUACAAUUUACCUUAUCUUGCCUUGCCUUGCCUUACUUUAGGUGUCAUAGCCCUACCCUGCCCGCAAUCUGUGCGUCACGUGUGCCUGGUCCAAUCUACCAUGGAACUAUGGGUAGCUGUUGACGACAAAACAACAACAACGGUGUUCGUUUACGACCUGCAAAGUUGGUGUUUGAAAAAGACCUUCACCAUCAAUCGCUUGAGCACAAACGAGCCGGUUUUAUGCCUGCAAGUUAACUGUAUGCACGUGACUGCGACGGAGGUCCUGAUUGGCUUACGUGGGGAUCUGGAUGUAGUCGCCAUCUACGAAGCUGAGUCGUAUAAACUCAAAGCCAAAAUCACGUUAGGGGAGCCAGUGUUCUGUCUAAGCUCGAACGAAUCCUACAUCUUCUUAGGGAUGUCCAGCGGUGUCUGUUUGGUCACGUCGCGAACUAAGACCAUCCUAUCUAUGGAGAUCAGCCACUCGGAAGCAGUCACAUGUGUUGCGGCCGUGGGCAACGAAUACCUCUGGUUCACGGCGGGGAAAUGUAUACAAAUCUUUCAAGCCGAAGAAAACGAAAAAGCUCCAGUCUACGAGCUAAACUCCGUUCGAUUUAGCGCCUCCUCUGCGCCAUUCUCUCAAAUUGUACUCCACGAAUCCGAUAUUUGGUGCGUUUCGAAAGGUGAUUCUAUUGUCACCGCUUGGAAUAUAAAUACCAGACAGAAAACAAUCGAAAUCAAUUGUAAAUCAUUCUUUUCCCCUUCCGACUGCGAUCUACUCGAGUCCGCGGUCACGUGUGUCCUGCCAGUUCUUGGCACCGUGUGGAUUGGAACCGGUGGCGGGAAAUUACUCAUCGCUGACGUCGCUUCCGGCGAACUGAUUACGUCACUGAAGUUGUUUGAUGAUCACGUGCGCACCCUCACGCUAGUGCCAGGCCCCGGGCCGUGUGGUACGGAAAAAUUUUACGUCGCCGUUUCGGGAAGAAAAGUGCAGGAGACCGCAUUGUCGCGGGAAGGUCGCGGGAAACAUGUCUGCCGUCUUAAUAAUGACGUAAUUAAGCCGGCUCCAGGUAUGCAGACCACGCCAGCGAGAAACGCAGAAAGAGCGAGUCGCGUUUCGAGGAGUCCUUUUGGAAGAACAAAGUCCCCGCAGCCUGAAACAACUGAUAGCCUGGACUCUGCGGUGAAUUACGCUCGAGGAAGCGUGCUCAUGUUUUUUGAAGCGCUACCGGCCGAAGUACUUCGAAGAAUGGAGUCGAAAUGAUUCAAUAUGGCGAGUAUACUCAAUUGGGAUUGGUUUGUUGAUAAAGGAAAUAUACCUAUAAGUACAAAGUGCAUUAACCUUAAACCUUCGAAAUAAGCCCCCCAACCCGAGUAUAAACCCUCCCGUGUAUAAGCCCACCAUGUUCACUAACGGCUCAGUUCCGAAUAUAAGCCCAACGAAUACAAGCCCCUCCGUGUAUAAGCUCAUGGGCUUAUUAUUAUGGGGAUUCCAACAGUCCAGAUUAGUGACACGAAUUACAUUGUAGUAUUAUAACUUACAGUAUAUACUGUAUGUUUAUGUUCCUUUUCGUUCACGGUAUGGUUGACAGGUACAAUAAAUAUUAUUACCAACAUGAAAUGUCGUUCGUAACAAGCUCUCCCGCAUAUAAGUCCCACCCCCAUGCAUAAGCUAGCCCAUCAAAAAUGCUUACGAACUACUAUGGGCCUAAGGCUUAUAUUCGGAGGUUUACGGUACACUAUUAAAAUUUCUGUGAUCACAGAUGAAUUUCGGUGUCGACACUGAGUCGGCUCCCUCUUAAACAUUUCUUACAAACCCUUCAAAACUUAGAAUUUACCUAUGCAAAAUUCCUACUGUGAUCACAGAAACUUUGAUAGUGUAAACCAUUCUUAAGAGUAACAUCAGCAAAAUAUUGAUCACCUGAGAUCGAGUUCAACACCACCAGCACCAGAUAUCACGACAUGCGCUCAACGAAAAGUGCCGUAGUUACAUUUUCGGAUAAGCAUGCCUUAAGCCUAGUUCACAUUAGCAAUUUUGUCGGCGAUUUUAUGUUUCUGACGGAUGUAAAUGAGUGAACUCGCACACAAAAGUAUGGAGUCGCUUUUCAGAAGUAAACAAUUUUGAGUCUUUUGCAUGUCAUUCAUUUGAUCACAUUUGCCAGGAGGAGAAAAAUCGCCGACAAAAUUGCUAAAUGUGAACCCGGCUUUGUCACAACUGUUUUGCAACAUAAUUGGGUAGAGUCGGGCAGAUAGAAGGAAAAAACUUACGAUAUUGUGGGACAAUUCCAUUUUGCCUUCAUAUUGUGCCCCGAAGGCUAGUAAGUACGUUUCUGUAUGUUGGCCGCGUUAAAAUUUCUUGUGGGCUCCUGCCGACACGUUUUUCAUCGAAUUUGGUAUUAAACUCUAUUACAGUUAAAAAUAUGAAAUUUCAAAUACAUUUCUAACACAAAUGACUUACUUCAUUUGAAAGCUUGCAAAAAACUACAUAUAAGACAUUUAAACGGUUACCCGGGUUCUUCACGUUCUUCUUGAGUUAUGAGCUGUUGAAUGCGUGUUUUCAGACUAGUACCCAGGAAUUUUGCGAGAUUUUGGCGUAAGUUUCACAUUUGAAACGGCAAUAACUCGAAAACCGCUUGAAAAUCCCGACUAUCCAUUUAAAUGUCUUAUAUCUAGUUUUUUGUUAGCUUUCUAUUGAUGCAAGUCAUUUGUAUUAGAAAUGUAUUUGAAAUUUCACAUUUUUUAACUGUAAUAGAGUUUAAAAAACUCAUUAAUAAUUCAUGAAGAAAACACAAAGAAAAAUCAUAAGCGUGUCGUAUCUGUAUAUGUGAUACAGAUUCAUGUUGAUUUACAUAAACUUUAACUUUGAUUUUCUCGGCUUAAACAACGUUUAUUUUUAAAAUUACCUCUCCAAUGAACUCAUAAGAUGAGUCGUUUUUUAAGUCGUCCGAUACAACACGGCCGCUCAUGUUGUAAAUAGUACAUACAAAAUUCGAAGAAAAACGUGUCGGCAGGAGCCCACAAGAAAUUUUAACGCGGCCAACAUACAGAAACGUACUUACUAGCCUUCAGAGCACAAUAUGAAGGCAAAAUGGAAUUGUCCCACGAUAUGGUAAGUUUUCCAUAAUUUUGAUCCUCUAUCUGCCUGACUAGCAAUAUGUGAUUAAGCAAUGACAUGUAGUUAAUAUCCAGUCGCAUUAGAUUUGUCAUUUCAAAAUCUUAGAAUUUCUAAGUAAAGAAAAAUCUCCUAAUUCCCAAAAUAAUUUUUAUUAUGAAUUUUUAUUGGCAAAUCUAAUUGUAUAUCAUAUGUGAAACAUAAACGUAGAUAGUUCAAAACAAAUUAAUCAAAUUAAUUAAUUUUAUAAAAGAAUGCACAAUUCGCCACGCUUUUAGUGAAAAUUGAACAUACAAUAUAAAUAUCAAUAUUUUAAAAUUUAGUUUAGUAAAUAACAAAUUUGUAAAUGCAUCAGUAUUUUUAAAAUUACAACGCUAUUCUGUAUGUUUUUUCUUGACAGAAAUUUAAACCAAGGCGUUUUCUCUAAGCUUUCUGAAGCCAUUUCGA